ACCCUUCUCACUGCAGUCACGUAGCUGAUCUUGCGACAUCGUCUUCUUACCGACAGACAUACUGUGCGCAGUAAUCGACCAUGAGUGAUUCUCCCGCCGUCAGCGUGCCGCAAGACCCGAACGAGACGCCUAUUCUGGACGCCCUUCUCAACAUCCGCACAGAGUUGGAGCUGCUUAGGCAUGACAAAAGCCAGCACAUCAAGAGCCAAGACAUAAUUCCACACUAUGAGAAAGUGAUCAAGCAGGUCAAGAUAUUAAAUGAGAUUCGCAGGGAAAAGAGAUAUGAGCAAAAUAGAGUCGAUCACAUUCUUGAUGACUGCUUCCGUCUCAUUUCACUGUCCUUCCUUGCGUCAGGGAAGACGUGCGAACCUCCAGCAGUAUAUGCUGCCGUUUCUACAAUAAAGAGGCUCCUAGAUCAUUUGAAGGAAGCUGCAUUCUUCUGCCGUGGGGACUUGGACGGAAUAAGCAAGACGUUGAAACGCUACCGACGAUGCUGCGCGGAGGGUGAAGAUAGUCAUGAUGCCGAGUUGAUUAUCCUGCUCGAUGCUCGCCUAGACAUCUGCCAAGAGACCUUGGAUGACCUAUAUUUAAGUCUUUCGAACUUGACACCAGAAGACUCAAAGUGUUAUUCGACGCUGGUCUCGAUUCUUCGCUCCUUGUCGAAUCUGAACACUAAGAAGACUUUCCCGAAGAAAGAGGUUGAUGCUUUUGUAUCACAGCUAAAAGAGAUCGAAGAGAACAUGAAGGUGGAACACAAAGUCGACACCACCGGAAGAUCCUAUGAAGAGAUAUAUUCCACUAUUCUCACGGAGAAUCGUGAGAAAGAACAGAAGUGUGGACCUCGACCUGCAGAUGCCUUAAUCAACGAGCUAUUAUAUCGAUGCUUCUUAUGGGCCGAAAUUAUCACAGCUAGGCAAGGAAAGAUCGACGAGCGGUUUCAAGAGCCUUAUGAAAAACUGGUAAAUGUCCGAAAUAAGCUAGAGAAUCUGGUUCUCUGCUCAACGUGGUCGAUUCGAGAGACAGAUUUAUAUGGCUACCAGCGCACAUUGGACAAGUACGACGACACUCGAGUCAAUGGCAACUUUGUUGACGCCAAUGGAAACCCUGCAGACCUUCACGCUCAGAGGACGCUCUUGUACCUGAUCCGAAAGAGUUACGCUCUCAUUUACCAUCUGAUCGUUUCUUCGGAACCAGUCUCGUCCGCCUUGCUACCUGUCUACAAUCAGUUGAAGACUCUGAAGGACUGUCUGAUCCAGGUUGGGAAGGCGGGAGGUGUAUCCAGUCCUCAAGAGCUUUACCCAUACAGUAUGAAGCUCAAUUCCAUCGAAAACACCCGGGUGGAUGGCAAGUUCAUGGUCAAUGGAGACGCACCUGAUGGACAGGAAGCUCUUGAUGCAUUGGUAAAGGAAUGCGUCAAAUUGGCGACCGAUCUUCGUGACGGAGCCAAGACUGAGGAAGAGAGCCAAACGCCUUCUGCUCCAAGCCUUGAGACUCGCGAGCCGACAGCGGUGAAUUGAGCAGCAGGGCAUAUAUAUAUGGAUACUGUAUUAAACUUGGUGCACUGGCGUUACCUGGUCUUGGGAUGUGGGAUGUAGAUGGUCUAUGAUAUGAUGAGAC